ACGGGAUUUGCUGUGUCGACGGAGGCGUUGAUCACAGAAUCAUACUUCUAGACUUGCCGCUACGAUUUAGCGCAAUGAUUUUGGUAUCGCCUAAAACCGGAGCGUUGUGCAUCACUCUGCUCAUCUCUGGUUGAACCUGAUCUCUGGUUGGGCGUUGGAAGUGGAUCCUAGUUAGCAGUUAUCGCUACUUGUAGCGCAAGUAUUUCAAAAUAAACAGUCGAUGAUUAACUGGAUAAUCCGCGGGAAGAAAAAAGAAAUCAGAUAAUUUAAUAGCAUGUACAUUGUUGAUGUGGAUAUUAAAUUUAGAAAAGAUCCUAUCCUUUUCCUACAAGUAUACUAUUAAGAGCUGAGCUAUAAAGAUACAUAUUUUAUAUACGUUCAAGAAUGUUCUCUACUCGUUCUAUCACCCGUAUUAAUAGUACACGAUGCUUCAAUAAUUUUGUAAGAGUCGUCGAAGUUGGGCCUCGGGAUGGUUUACAAAAUGAGCCAAAGGUGGUUCCUACAUCAACAAAAAUUGAUUUUAUCAAUAAACUCACAGAUACUGGUUUGCAAACAAUAGAAGUUACCAGUUUUGUGUCACCAAAAUGGGUUCCACAGAUGUCUGAUAAUGCAGAGGUGUAUAAAAACAUUACAAAGCAACCAGGUGUAGCGUACCCUGUACUUGUACCAAACUUAAAAGGGCUAGAGAAUGCACUUAAUAGUGGCGUCCAGGAAGUAGCAAUAUUUGGAGCAGCAUCCGAAGCAUUUUCCCAAAAGAAUAUUAACUGUUCCAUAAGUGAAAGUGUCAAGAAAUUCUCGUUAGUUGUUGGUAAAUCCAAAGAGCAUAAUGUGAAGGUUCGUGGUUAUAUAUCCUGUAUUGCAGGAUGUCCUUACGAAGGAGAUGUAAAACCCUUAGUAGUUGCCAAUCUGACAGCUGCCCUCUUGGAACUUGGUUGCUAUGAAGUUUCUCUUGGUGAUACUAUUGGUGUAGGAACACCUAGGAAAAUUGAAGCUGUUCUGAAAGAAUUGGAGCACAUUUCUUCAGGGAACAUGGAUCGUUUUGCCAUGCACUGCCAUGAUACAUAUGGACAGGCUUUGGCUAAUGUGUUUGCCAGUCUCCAAAAGGGAAUUAGAAUCUUUGAUUCUUCAGUUGCAGGACUUGGUGGUUGUCCUUAUGCAGCUGGUGCAUCUGGAAAUCUUGCCACUGAAGAUUUACUCUAUCUACUACAAGGUCUUGGACUUGAAACUGGAGUCAAUUUAGAGAAGGUAGUUCAAGUUGGAGACUUUAUUAGUAAUGAACUAUGUAGGGAUAAUAAAUCAAAAGUGGGUGUCGCUAUGCUUGCAAGUGUGAAACAUAAAAACUAUGCAUAGUGUUAUUAUUAAUUUUGAUGCAUUGAUACUGCAAAGACUUUUGGGUGCAAGAACUUUACGUGAUUUUGACAAAUUUACUAUCGGUGUGUAAAUAACUUUAUGACAGAUGGAUUUUCAUACGCGUUUAUAAUCAUUUAUGCAGAAGUACUCUUUUUGUACAUUUCCAAUAUUACGAUACUUGUACAGCAGUAGUUUUCUAUUAUAAUAUUCAAAUAGUGCAUCAGAUAUUAUUGUGCAACAAUAUACCAUGAUAUACUAUAAAUUGUUCAUCUCUUAGCCCAGCGAUCAUUUGAAUAUUUAUUUUAUUACUCUCAAAUCUCUUGCAUCGAUUUACAAUACUCCACGACGUAUCUUAUAUUGGUCGGAUUUUCGCAAAACCAUUUAAUUUCUCAAUACUUUCUUUAAUGAACAUUGUAGUCCAAAUUAUGUAAUUAUACAAAAGUUUAAGGAGAUAGAUGAAUCUUCCCGAAAUAAGUAAUUGGCUCCUCCUAGAUGAGGAAAAACCAUAUGUCACAGCACAUUGGGAAUAUAAAA